GUAAAGAAUUUCACUGUUUUCACUGUGCUUAUUUUAUAAUACAUUUCUUGUAAAUUAUACUAACGUAGUAUAAUUAUUUUCUAAGCGUCCUGCUAUGGAUUAUGCUAGUACCAUCAACUAAUCCUGAACAAACUUCGAUAAGUUUGUUAAAGAGUUAUAAUGGUGCCCCAGCAGCAACGAAGGAGACGUCGGCGUACGGCGCUCCCGCGGACGGCUGAACGGCGUUUAGUAGUUGCGCGUGGGGCUGGAGGCUUCGGUUUUACAAUAGCCGGUCAACGUCCCUGCGUGGUAUCGGCCGUAGCCUCGGGAGGCCCCGCGGAGCGCGCUGGUCUUCGAGCGGGAGAUGCUUUAUUAGCUGUAGACGGUGCCAGUGUGGCUAGAGCUCCACAUGCGUCUGUGGCGAGGAUGGUAGCUGCCGCGCCUGGAGCUAUAUCCCUCAGUGUAGCUCCUAGAGAGUCACCACCGACCGAUACUGAGGACACUGAGCCCGAUGACAGGGCGAGAACAAGGCGACGCCAUCCUCCGCCAAGAAGAAGACCACAGAUGGUGCAUCAUCCUGGAUGUCACGCCGCGCCAAGUACAUUAGGCGUCAACGAGAUCCUACAGAAUCUUAGCAGAGCUCAGCUGACACCUAGCCACAUUGCCCGGCUUGAGUGUCGGGCCGUGGUUGGAUAUCUCGGCACUAUUGAAACUCCGCAGGCUUCUAAUAACGCUGCCCCAAGUAACGUGCGUACAGCUGUCAGGAAAUUGAGACAGGAAAGACGCCCUGCAGCCCCAGUUUUAUUGUCCGUUCUCCCGAAUUCUUUGCUGCUCAGGCGCCCCACAGGUCAAAUUCUUGCUCAGUACCAACGUGAACGCAUUGUCUAUGCUGGAUGUGGCUCUGACGCUGACAGAAGGUAUUUUGGUUUGGUGACGUCAGCGGAACUCACUGAAGAAGAAGCGUCGCAUAGUUGCCAUGUUUUUGCCGUCGACCCAAGAAUGGCAGAACAUGAAGCUCAUAUAGCCAGAGCGAGAGAGUUCCAAAUCGUUUGCACUAGAGACCCAGUGGCGGAGAGAUGUUUGGAGUUCCCGCCUUCGGCGGAAUACGUAGUUGGAGUCAUAAGAGGGAUGUAUUCAUUACCCGCCGAGAAUUGUUCCAGUCCGAAUUUGCAGCAGAUAUCUAAGUUAGCUGUGAAAGGCGAAAGUCCAAUGGCAGGCAAUUUUGCAAGGUGUAAUAGGCCGGUUUUCCGUGUGCCUCGAGAUAGGAGACCGUGUAGGCACGACGACGUACGAAUUGAGGGUCAAGAGUUCGUGGCGAACUCUCCACAGCCUAGUAACCACAGUGAGGUGACCACUACGUCGAGCAACAGCGAUUCAGGAAUAGGCUUUCAUAAUGACUGUCGAAAUAUCGCCGAUAGGAUAUUGGUAGUUGAUUUUGCGCAGCAGGCACCUCCGAAUAGGUUCAGACAAGAUAUGCCUCGAAGGCCACUCGGGUUGGUAGGUUGCAGCAGCUUUGAUGCAGAUGGUUCCUUCUUGUCUAACACAACUCCAGUUGUAGACGGUUUUGGUGGUCAAGGCAGACCAUUAAACCUUGACGAUGUUAUACUAAACACGAAUGAUAUGCAAACUGUCCGUCACGUAAGUCCACGGAAGGAAGAUGAUACUUACAACUACAAUAAUAUUUACGGGAAUAUCCCAUCAAGUUCUAAAGCAUUUUCGAAUGGAGUUGUAUAUGAUCAAGUGUAUACCGAAAACGAAGGUGACCAUUAUGAGUUUAUUCCUCAGCAAUUGAAUGUUGACUUGGAGGUAGAUAGAGUGGCGGAGAAAUUUAAUUCUGUUGAGAUUUACGAGGAGAGAUCUCGUCAGCCACCUGAUUGGCAGUCCAAUGAGUCUGUAGAGAAUGUAACUGUAAUAUCUGGGGGUACCAGUAAGGCCAGCAUGGAUUCUGUUUCGGUGUACUCAUCCAGGAGUCAUGAGGAAGCGAAGCCGGUGGAGAGGAAACAUCUACAGGCCUCUCUCGAUGAUAUGUUGGUGAUUGGUAUGAGGGAUCAGCCACCGAAGGAUAAAGAUGAUGACAAUUUUGUUCACCCUGCUACAGUUAAAAGCAAGGUUCGGAAAUCACUGAAGCCAAUGAACCUGUUAUCGAAGACGAAACACAUGCUGACUGGCAAGGAGAAAGAGAAAGAGAAGGAGGCGAGGAGACGAGCACUGAGCGCCAGCGCCGGCGACGUGUGCGGCGGCGACCGGACGGACCGGAAUGACCGGACCGGAUCAGCCGGCCGGCACGACCGCACGGACGACGCACUGCCCACGGCCGCCAGCGAGCCUGACCUCAGGGAUACACAGAGCGACCAGUCGUCGCCGUUCCGGCGGUGGACGACGGGCAGCGGCGCUGGCAGCUCGUACCGUCACCACGAUCACCGCAACAUGUAUAACAAGCAAAUUAGCGAGGGCGCAGCACCUGUGCCAUCGACGGGAAGCAGCGGCGGCGUGGCGCGGUGGUCCCUCGGCCUGGAGCAGCUCCUAGCAGACCCUGCGGGGGCUGCGGCCUUCGCUCACUUCCUCUCCAAAGAGUUCGCAGCUGAAAACAUACGGUUCUGGUGGUCGUGCGAGCAGUACAGCGCGACCGAGGAGGAGGUGAAGCGCGCCGCCCUCGCCGCGGAGAUCUGGCAGCGACAUCUCGCGGAGGGCGCGCCCGAGCCCGUCAACGUGGACGCGGCAGCACGCCGCGCCGCCGCCCUCCGCCUCCACCACCAGCCCUCGCCCGCCGACCUGUUCACACAGGCACAGAAGCAGAUCUUCAACGUGAUGAAGUUCGACAGCUACCCUCGCUUCCUUCGCUCAGCCGAGCACGCGGAGUGUGCGCGCGCCGACCUGCGCGGACUGCCGCUACCGUACACCAACAACGGAGCCUCGGACACACCCGGCGCCAAGUUAAAGAAGUCUGCAAGCAACGCAUCGGAGCGUCGCCGCAGCGGAGGCGCAUCUCUGUUGCCGUGGAAGCUGCGGGCGCCGUCACGUGACCGCGCACAACACUCGCCCCCGCCCCCGGCGCCGCCCGUCACUGACGUAGUAAAGUCAAGUCAGUUAACGGCGGGUCAAUGUUCGUUGUGCCGGGUGGUGUUACCCGACGGUGCCACCUCAGUGGUCGGUGUGGAGGAGUCAGUAACGGUCAGGAAACUGGUGGACAGACUUCUACAGAGGCGGAACUUGAUGUGCAACACGUACGAUGUAUUGCUGAAGGAUGGUAAUCAGUCGUGGGGCGCGAGCGUGGAGCUGUCGGCGCCGUCGGCCGUGCUGGGCGGCCGCGAGGCGCUCGUGGAGCGGCGCGCGCUGCUCUACAUGGAGGUCGGCGGCCGCCUGCUCACCGUGCGGGCCCGCGCCGCCCGCCGCCUGCGACACGUGCUGCCGCUGCUGCGGCCGCCCGCCGCCGCCGUCACCAGGGACGGCCGCGCAGUGCACCCGGACACGCUGCUGCAGGUACACGGCCGCCUGCUCACCGUGCGGGCCCGCGCCGCCCGCCGCCUGCGACACGUGCUGCCGCUGCUGCGGCCGCCCGCCGCCGCCGUCACCAGGGACGGCCGCGCCCUGCACCCGGACACGCUGCUGCAGGUACGUGUACGUGUACGUGUACGUGUACGUGCGGAGACGGCCGCCUGCUCACCGUGCGGGCCCGCGCCGCCCGCCGCCUGCGACACGUGCUGCCGCUGCUGCGGCCGCCCGCCGCCGCCGUCACCAGGGACGGCCGCGCAGUGCACCCGGACACGCUGCUGCAGGUACGUGUACGUGUACGUGUACGUGUACGUGUACGUGUACGUGUACGUGUACGUGUACGUGUACGUGUACGUGUACGUGUACGUGUACGUGUACGUGUACGUGUACGUGUACGUGUACGUGUACGUGUACGUACGGCCGCCUGCUCACCGUGCGGGCCCGCGCCGCCGCCGCCUGCGACACGUGCUGCCGCUGCUGCGGCCGCCCGCCGCCGCCGUCACCAGGGACGGCCGCGCCCUGCACCCGGACACGCUGCUGCAGGUACGUGUACGUGUACGUGUACGUGUACGUGCGGAGACGGCCGCCUGCUCACCGUGCGGGCCCGCGCCGCCCGCCGCCUGCGACACGUGCUGCCGCUGCUGCGGCCGCCCGCCGCCGCCGUCACCAGGGACGGCCGCGCAGUGCACCCGGACACGCUGCUGCAGGUACGUGUACGUGUACGUGUACGUGUACGUGCGGAGACGGCCGCCUGCUCACCGUGCGGGCCCGCGCCGCCCGCCGCCUGCGACACGUGCUGCCGCUGCUGCGGCCGCCCGCCGCCGCCGUCACCAGGGACGGCCGCGCCCUGCACCCGGACACGCUGCUGCAGGUACGUGUACGUGUACGUGUAGUGUACGUGCGGAGACGGCCGCCUGCUCACCGUGCGGGCCCGCGCCGCCCGCCGCCUGCGACACGUGCUGCCGCUGCUGCGGCCGCCGCCCGCCGCCGCCGUCACCAGGGACGGCCGCGCCGUGCACCCGGACACGCUGCUGCAGGUACGUGUACGUGUACGUGUACGUGUACGUGCGGAGAGACGCCCGCCGCCUGCGACACGUGCUGCCGCUGCUGCGGCGCCCGCCGCCGCCGACACGGCCGCGUGCACCCGGACACGCUGCUGCAGGUACGUGUGUACGUGACGGCCGCCUGCUCACCGUACGUGCCGCGGAGACGGCCGCCGCCGCGUCACCAGGGACGGCCGCGCCGGCCCGCGCCGUACCCGCCGCCUGCGACAUGCGGGCCCGCGCCGCCCGCCGCCUGCGUGCGGCCGCUGCCGCCGCCGCCGUCACCAGGGAGACGUGUACGUGUACGUGCGGAGACGGCCGCCUGCUCACCGUGCGGGCCCGCGCCGCCCGCCGCCUGCUGCUGCGGCCGCCCGCCGCCGCCGUCACCAGGGACGGCCGCGUGCACCCGGACAGUACGUGUACGUGUACGUGUACGUGUACGUGCGGAGACGGCCGCCUGCUCACCGUGCGGGCCCGCGCCGCCCGCCGCCUGCGACACGUGCUGCCGCUGCUGCGGCCGCCCGCCGCCGCCGUCACCAGGGACGGCCGCGCCCUGCACCCGGACACGCUGCUGAAACGUGCGGAGACGCCUGCUCACCGUGCGGGCCCGCGCCGCUACUGCUGCGGCCGCCCGCCGCCGCCGUCACCAGGGACGGCCGCGCCCUGCACCCGGACACGACGUGUACGUGUGCGUGUACGUGCGGAGAGGCCGCCUGCUCACCGUGCGGGCCCGCGCCGCCCGCCGCCUGCGACACGUGCUGCCGCUGCUGCGGCCGCCCGCCGCCGCCGUCACCAGGGACGGCCGCGCAGUGCACCCGGACACGCUGCUGCAGGUACGUGUACGUGUACGUGUACGUGUACGUGCGGAGACGGCCGCCCGACACGUGCAGGUGCAAACAAAAAGAUAGACCCUACUAGAAGAGAGACGGCCGCGCCGUAUCCGACACAUACAAAUAGGUACGACAAGAGAGACGUCCACGCCGUGAGCAAACACGUGCACCCGACACGUGCAGGUAUGAGGAGGGACACCUACGUGCUACUGACACGUGCACCCCGACACGUCCAGGACUUGGACGGUGCACGGCUGCAGGUGGAGUGUGUGGAGAGAAGCGAGUGCGCGGGGGGUGUAGGGGGUGCGGGGGGUGCGGGGGGCGGGGAGCGCGACGACUGCGACUCACUCAGCGAGCUCGCCGUGCGGCUGCAGGAAGACCCGCUCAAGGACGCUGAUACACUGAGCGUGAGCACGACCUGUAGCAGGCGCGGGAGUCAGGAGGCUGGCCGUGUGCGUGCCGCCUUAAGGCCCGGUCCACCGCUACAUCAUCAUCCGCCAGACUUUCUAGAGAAUCUCCGGGAGACGCAACGGCAGAGAUUACACAGCAAGUGUGACGGCCCGCUGCCCCCGCUGGCGGCGCCCCGCUCGCCGCCGCCGCUGCCCCCGAAGCCCCCGCAGCGCGCCCCCACCCUCGUCUGAUGGCGGAUCAGCAGCGCCACGGGUCCACGAGAUCUCCGAGAAACGAGGAUAUCCCACAACACGGAUGAAAUUCGUCAGAUGGUACUACUUUGUUCGACAUGAUGCCCACGGAUACCUUUUACCAUCGCACCGCUCGCCAUCGACAGGGAAGUUAUCCCUACACGCUAGAACCUAAGUGGUCUCGGACAGUGCGGUUUCAGAGGAGCUUCCUCCCGCGUACACUUAGAUUGUGGAAUGAACUACCUGCCGAGGUAUUCUCGCAAAACUACAGCAUGGGGUUUUUCAAGAACGGUAUAUUA